UCUAAUACUUCCCGGCAGAAGUCGUUACCUUUCUGAGCUUCCCCCAUUUCCAGUUAAAGCUUUCAUGGCUCUUCUUUCUUCCAUCCUUAAACCCCACUGCUCAAGCUCAAUCAAAGGCUCCUCUUUAACCCUCUCUUUUCUCUUAUUCCCCAACAUAUCCUCCUCCUUCUUCUCCACUCUCUGCAGAGCCCACCCCACCACACCUUCCCCACAGCCCUCUCCGCCGCCGCCAGUCCCCAAGAAAGUCCCUUUCGCUGUCUCAGCUCAUGGAAAAACGUGGCAGGAUCCCUACCGCUGGAUGUCCAACACCGACGACCCUGAUCUCGCCGAUCAUCUCAACAAAGAAAACUCAUAUGCUGAGGCAUUCAUGGCCGACACUCAAAAUCUGCAGCGCACUCUCUUCUCCGAAAUGAAAAGCCGAAUGCCCGCCAAGAUUUCCACUCCUCCAGAGCGCUGGGGACCCUGGUUGUAUUACCAAUACAUUCCAGAGGGGAAGGAAUACCCGGUUCUUUGUAGACGAUUAGGAAGUGAAAAAGGUGAUUGGAUUAAGAACUUUCUCCGAUACGCAAGAGGAGGAUUUGGAAUGGAGGAGAUUUUGCUCGACUGGAAUGAAAUUGCAAGGCGAUAUGGAAAGCUUCUGUCUUUACUUGCAUGCUUUCAUUGUUAUGUGCAUGUUGGCACAUGUCGAAUUUCACCAGACCACCAUUUUCUAGCGUACACAGUAGACACUAAGGGUGAUGAACAGUUCAGGCUUCAAAUUAAGGACCUAAGAAGUGGAUGUGUUAUCCCCAAAGUACGAGUGGAUGGUGUUGUUAGCUUGGCAUGGGCUCAAGAUGGGAGUACUCUGUUCUAUACGCUAUCAGACGAGAACCAACGACCUUACAGGCAUACUUUAUUUCUAGUAUGCUGCUCAAAACUAGGAUCUGAUGAUAUUGAAAAUAUCACUGUAUUUACAGAAAGCAAUUCCAGCUUCUGUGUGGACAUAACAAGCACAAAGGAUGGCAAGUUUAUAACUGUCAAUUCAAACUCAAGAACUUCAUCUGAGGAAGGAACUUUACUGUUUCAACUUCUCUGGCUGAACUUACAGGUUUAUUUGAUAGAUGCUGCCAACCCAUUAGAUGGUUUGCAGAGAGUUUGGAAGCGUGUUUCUGGUGUACAGUAUUUUCUUGAACAUCACCAUGGAUUAUUUUAUGUUCUUACAAAUGCUCCUUUGAGUGAAAAUAAGGUGUGGUCUGGUGAAGGUUAUUACCUAGCUAGCUGCGGGGGUGAAGAUCUACCAACAUCUAAUUGGCAGAAUAUAAUCCUUCCAAGUGAAGAUUUAAGCAUACAAGAUAUGGACAUGUUUGAUGGACAUCUGGUCCUUUCUCUCAGCAAGAAGGGUUUUUCUAUGUUGUGUUCCUGUAAUUUGCCUGUCCUUGUUGAUUGUAAGCACCAAUUGGAGAUUGAUGAUCUUGAUCCAUGGUUUUUCGCUCUGCCCUCAAACUUAUGUAAUGUUGUUCCAGGUUCUAACCAUGAUUUCCAUAACUCAGUGUACCGCGCAGUGCUUUCAUCUCCAGUGAUGCCUGAUGUAGUUGUUGACUACGACAUGUCGAGCAGGAGAUUCUCAAUUGUGCAGCAAGAGGAAGUGAGGGAUUUUUAUGAUAGAACAUUCCCACCAACUAAUCAGCUCGAUUUGAAUAAAAAAUUUGGCUCACAAUAUCAGGAGGAUGUCCAGAUAAGUGAAUCACAGAGAUGGAAGGAGUAUUCUGAUGAAUACUGCUGUGUGAGGAAGGAGGUUAUCUCCCAUGAUGGUGUUAGAGUUCCGUUGACCAUAUUGUACUCUCAUACAGCCUGGGAGAAGAGUCAGUCGCCUGGCCUUCUGAAAGGCUAUGGAGCAUAUGGGGAGGUUUUAGAUAAAAGCUGGUGUGCAGAGCACCUGUGUUUACUUGAUCGGGGAUGGGUUGUGGCAUUUGCUGAUGUGAGGGGUGGUGGUGGUGCAGAUUCUUCGUGGCAUAAAUCUGGCACUGGGUUUAAUAAAUUGAAUUCAAUAUAUGAUUUUGUAUCAUGUGGAAACUACCUGAUUGAAGAGGGAUACGUACAUAAAGAUCGGCUUGGUGCUAUUGGACAUAGUGCUGGAGGCCUUCUUGUUGGAGCAACUAUCAAUAUGUACCCCGAUCUCUUUCGAGCUUCUAUUUUGAAGGUUCCGUUCCUUGAUAUAUGCAACACUUUAAUGGAUCCUAGUUUGCCUCUCACCAUUCUGGAUUAUGAAGAAUUCGGCAAUCCUCAGAUACAGUCCAAAUUUGAGCUUAUCUUCAGUUAUUCACCGUACGAUAACAUUUCUCAAGGCAGUUGCUACCCUUCAAUGCUUGUUACAGCGUCCCUUCACGACUCAAGGGUUGGGUUUUGGGAAGCCGCCAAGUGGGUGGCCAAAGUUCGAGAGAGUACAUGUCCUCGUUGUUCACGUUCAGUCAUUCUGAAGACAAAUAUGGCUGGAGGACAUUUUGGCGAAGGUGGACGGUAUGCUCAAUGUGAGGAAGCUGCUUAUGAUUAUGCAUUUCUAUUCAAAGCUAUGGGGUUGCUGAAGAUUGAAAAAUAAGAUUUGCAGUGCAAUGGGCAGUGGUCUCAGAGGAAGUCGAAGGAACUGGCUGGAUUCCCUGGUGAAGAGUGAACGUUUUCUUCCUGCAAUUCUAUCGCGCGCUCGCUCUAUGGGAUUGAGCUCUUGAGGGGAAGGAAUUUACUAGGCAGGCAGUAUUUUGCUGAGGGUUUGAGUUAGUUCAAGGCUCGCUAACACCUGCAGACAAUGAGAGCAUUUCUGUUCUAGUACUGUAACUCCAAGGAAUUUUCGUGCAAUCCUCCUCGGAUCUCUCCUUCAUUUUCGCCUCUUUGCAGUAAAGGGACUGAUCGAAAGUUUUCGUUAAAGAUAGAUUGUUAAGCUUAUCUCAGUUGAGGUAUUCACCAUUUUCUUGGUGACCGGAGCAGACCAUGUCUUUGACGGAGAUUAACGUGGAACCUGGUUUCCAAAUCCAAGGAGUCGAGAACUGUUACAUGAAAGAUGAUUUGGCUUACAGUAACCAGAACGGUGAAUAUAUACUGAAGCUCUUGACGAAUGGUUAUACACCUUCCAAUUUUUAUAUUAAUUUUUUGAAAAUUCAGUGUUGCAAAAUUUGUUCGUGGUUCAUUCCUCGACUGGAAAGAUAGUAAUUUUCUUCAGGUUGAAAUUUUUUGACAAUAGGGACCAAUUACGAUUUGUGUUA